CGGAUCAGGCUCCGAGUUGACGCACAACAUACAUUCGCAGUUGUAUGAACUUGGUGUUCUGAGUAAUACAUGGAGUUCUACUUCGAAGUGCAUGCUAGUUCUUUUUUUAUUGGAGCUGUUCCUGAGGCGGGUAAACCAGCACGGCGCUGGAUGCUGAGCACCCGGCUGCUGUAAAGGUUUGAUAACGGGUUCGUCGUGCGAUUCCGUUGAGGACUCGAAGGACGUGGCAGCGAAGCUGUAGGAAGCUCGCAAGGAUGCCGGCCUAUCGCAUCGUGUUGACUGUCCGUAUUACGAGCACGCGUGCCAAGCGCUGCUUGAGUCCCAUCAACUGGAAUUGAUCCAGAUCGUGUGUGCCGCGGCAUUUGGUGGAUUUGCCGCUAUCCAGCGAGUGAAGUUCUCGCUUGGGCGUCAACACGCUGUUGUAUUCCACCGAGAGAAAAAAUCGCUGCUCAGCGCUUACGGCCGUGGCUGGCUAUGUGCAUAAUCGCUGGAGCUGCAGGCCACCGGUUGUCCAAUUGGUACGCGCCAGCAGUUAAUAAAUCGGCAGUUAGAGCCGAGCCGUGCCGCGCCUCAACUCGACCAGACCAUUUCAGAACUCGCCGUACAGUGCGAUGACCUCCCCGACCACAAUGACAGCCCCACCAGCAGCUCCACCAAAGUACAACUCGUUUGCGUCGCGCAAGCGGUCCUCGCCGGCCGUCAAGCCGCUGCCCGAGGACGUGGCGUGGCUAAAGGACAUCAAGCUCGAGAUGACGACAACCAACUCAAUCCGCGCCGCUGUGAAGUACAACCUGCGUGUGGACUACCACCCAGCGGGCUUCACCGCCACGCACUGGGACGCCAAGCGUACGUUCGACCAGUACAAGGCGUUCCAGAAGCGUCUGGUAAACCAGCUCCAGCCCAAGCACAGCUGCAAGGCAGAGUGCCGCUGGCUCUACAACACUGUCAAGAAGCACUUCCCAAAGCCGACGCUGCUAGGCUCACACUGUCCGCCGAUCGUCGACCAGCGGCGCAAGGCGUUGCUACAGCUACUGAUGACGGUACAAGCUUCCGUGGUGAACCACGGCAACCGCAACUGCAAGGUUAUGAUGGAAGCUGUGAGCCAAGAGCUCGCUAUGUUCCUCGUAGGAGACGAAAACCGGAGCGCCGACGGCGUGACGCCACCGGUGACACCAACCACAGCCUCGGAGCUGGAGACACCCGCCAACUCACUACCGUCUUUCAUCUCAUCGGAUGAAGGCGAGGACGAGGACGAAGACACAGUUAACUACGACGACGACUUGUUCACAGGCUGGAGCUUGCCGAUGGAGCACCUCACUCUCGACCGCACCAUGAGCUCUCCCGUAUAAGCCUCGUAUCUAGUAUUUACCUAAAAACUAUCAAACACGUAACUUAUGUAGCCGUCACGACAAGAAUAUUCACUGUUUCUGGAU